GCCGUGUUGCUGAUUGUUGAAAUUUCUUCCACCUAAUGUUUCAAUCCAUGGUUUCCUCAUUCUUUAUACCCAGGUACAUGUCACUACUUCUUCUUAGAGUUUCAGUAUAUCCUAUCUCGAUGGUACCAUGUUCAUUUCAGCUCAAAUUAUUGAAAACCAUUCUUUUUGUUUCUGAAAAACAACCCAAAUCUGCAGAAGGGUCAUGGCCAUUUUGCUUCAGAGAUACUCCAAAUCUCUGAUUGUUCGGUUAGUUUGUGGAAAUUUUUAGCUACCCAUUUAGAGUAAUGUUGAAAAGAUCAAAGUUUUCAACCCAUGUGAGCAAAAAGCUAGAGUCUUUGUUAAAAGGUCACUAUUUUGCAAUUUCCUCAAGUGGGGCUAGAAGAGAUUUUAGUGAUACAGUCUUGAAUGAUAACGAUGGGUCAGAGUCCGAGACUGAAUGGGAAAGGUUAAUUAAACCUUUCGACCUCAAAGAGCUUAGGAAGUCGCUUAUUCAAAUUAGCUCCUAUCAGCUAUGUAAAUUGCUUAAGCUCCCACUUGACGUGCCCACGUCAAUGGAGAUAUUCGAAUGGGCGGGUGCCCAGAAGGGCUAUUGCCAUUCUUUUGAUGUGUAUAAUGCAUUGAUAGAUAAGCUUGGGGCGGCUGGGGAGUUUAAGGUCAUAGAUAGGUUGUUGAUGCAGAUGAAAGAAGAAAGGAUUGUUUUCAGAGAGUCCAUUUUCCUCCUGAUUAUGAAAUAUUAUGGAAGAGCUGGUUUGCCAGGGCAAGCAACUAGGUUGCUUCUGGAUAUGAGGAAUGUUUAUUCUUGUGAACCAACUUUUAGAUCUUAUAAUGUUGUAUUGGAGAUAUUGGUGGCUGGGAAUUGUCCUAAAUUUGCACCUAAUGUUUUCUAUGACAUGUUGAGUAAGGGUGUUUCUCCCACUGUCCACACAUUUGGGGUUGUGAUGAAAGCACUUUGUAUGGUUAAUGAGGUGGAUUCUGCCUGCUCUCUUCUUAGAGACAUGAUGAAGCAUGGGUGUGUGCCCAAUUCGGUGGUCUAUCAGACUCUGAUACAUGCACUCUCUAAGAAUAAUAGAGCGAAUGAAGCAUUGAAACUUUUGGACGAAAUGUUUCUUAUGGGUUGUACACCUGAUGUUGAGACCUUCAAUGAUGUUAUCAUUGGCUUUGUUAAGCUCAAUCGGAUUCAUGAGGCAGCAAAGUUGGUCGAUCGGAUGCUUCUUCGGGGUUUCUCUCCUGAUAAUAUAACUUAUGGAUUUUUAAUGCAUGGGUUGUGUAGAAUGGGGAAAGUUGAUGAAGCAAGGGCAUUGCUGAUCAAAGUGCCUGCUCCAAAUGUUGUGCUUUUCAAUACCUUAAUUAAUGGGUAUGUGACCAGCGGACAGUUUGAUGAAGCCAGGGCCGUUAUUUAUAAUUUCAUGCUACAAUCCGGCUGUGUCCCUGAUGUUUUUACGUUUAACAUACUGGUUCGUGGCCUUUGCAAGAAGGGUUGUUUGACUUCAGCUUGUGACUUGGUUAAUGAGAUGGUGGCUAGGGGUUGUGAGCCUAAUGUGGUAACGUACACAACAUUGAUAGAUGGAUUCUGCAAACAAAACCAACUAGAGGAAGCUGGUGAUGUUUUAAAUGAGAUGUCAGCUAAGGGGCUUAGCCUGAAUACUGUGGGAUACAAUUGCCUCAUAUGUGCUUUGUGCAAGAAUGAAAAAGUUGAUGAAGCUUUGGAUAUGAUAGGUGAAAUGUCUCAGAAAGGAUGUCAGCCUGAUGUAUUUACAUUUAAUUCAGUAAUAUUUGGACUGUGCAAGGUCAAUAAGAUGGAAGAGGCCUUGGGAGUCUAUCGUGAUAUGUUUCUGGAGGGUGUAAUUGCCAACACUGUAACUUACAACACUUUGAUUCAUGCUUUCCUGAGGAGAGAUGCGAUCCAAGAAGCACUUAAGCUUGUAAAUGAAAUGUUAUUUAGAGGAUGCCCCCUUGACGCAAUCACCUAUAAUGGCCUUAUAAGCGCGUUCUGUAAAGUUGGGGCAGUUGAGAAAGGAUUGGGAUUGUUUGAAGAAAUGAUGAGCAAGGGACUGAAUAUCAAUAAUAUCUCGUGCAAUAUUUUGAUCAAUGGUCUUUGUAAAGUUGGAAAAGUACAUAAUGCACUCGAUUUUCUAAGGGAUAUGAUUCAUCGGGGUUUGACACCAGACAUAGUCACUUAUAACAGCCUGAUAAAUGGUUUAUGCAAGAUGGGCCAUCUUCGGGAGGCUUUAAAUCUCUUUGACAGAUUACAAAUUGAAGGAGUCCAUCCUGAUGCUAUUACUUAUAACACUUUAAUCAGUUGGCACUGCAAAGAGGGUAUGUUUGAUAAUGCCUGUUUACUUCUACAUAAGGGUGUGGACAAUGGCUUCAUACCUAACAACACGACUUGGUAUUUAUUGGUCACCAAUUUUGUUAAAGCAAGUGCCAAGGAGAGUCAGAUCUUUUCCUCAAUGCAGUUUUAGCUUCUAGAAGAAGUUUUUCUCACAGAAAAUUAUCAGUUCGUUUGGUCUCUUGAGUUAAGCUUCAGAAAGAGUUUUAGUUGACAUUUACACUUAUCUUCUAUUCUCAUACAAAUCUAUGCUGAUUAACCUUUGAUUCUCGCUUUUGAAUAUUUUUGGAAUGCACAUCCUUUGAGCUAUUUGGACCCCCUGUUCAGAUUGGUGGUCACUAGUCGCUUCAAUUGUUUGGAUGCAAAUGUGUGCUCUCCGGGUGCAAUUUUACUAAUGGUAAUCAGAAAUGGCAGAAGGUGACAAUUUUGGUCGUGAUGUUAUUUGGGGGAAACGGGCAUUCCAGACUAACCCCAAAAAGAGGGGGUAUUCUAGAGCUUGAUUUGAAUGCAUUUAAUUUGUUUGGACAGGUUUUACCUGCCGAUUGGAUUUUGAGUUGGUAAGCUGGAAAAAGUUGGCUAGCUGUUCUGUAGCAGCUCAUCUGAGUACUGCUUUUGCCAAGGCAGAAGGUUUCACUGCAUGACGUCUAUGUCAAAGGAGAACCAAUCAUAAUCAAACUUGAGAGUUUUCCUGCUAGUUGGUAAGAACAAAUUUUGAAGUCCUUAUCAUGGAGCAUGGAAGCGUCUUCAAGAUUGGAACUUGGUGCUGAGGCUGGGUUGUUUGUAUUGAAAAAAAUAAAAAAUAAAAAUAAAAAUCUGUCGCUUGAUUCUUUUCUUUUCUAGAGAAACUCAGACUGACAGCGUAGCAGGGAAUGCAGUUCCUAUCUGUGCUUAUUACAAAAUAACUUUUGCAUAGCAACGAAUGUGGCUGUUUAGAUUGUGCUGUAAAAUAAGCAUGAUGUAUUAUUCAUUGUCAUCAAUUGGCGUACAAAUGUGAAAACUAAAAUCAUGUUACA